CAUUCGGCACACAACGACAACGAGGACGAAAAAAUGGGCUCGGAACAACGGCCGGCCAAGAUCCGCAAAACUUCUCAUGCUCCCGGCGUUCACGACGCUGAGAUGGCGGCAGCUCAGCCCUCCACCAGCCUGUCGGGACAUGAGCAUGCAACAACUGCACAACCCGCGGAAGACUGUAUUCUUACUGAAUCCUCAAUCUCCCAGGAUCAAAUUGCACAGUUUACAGUAAAUGUUGAGCCCAAACUAUCCAAAAACCAAAUAAAAAAGCAGCGCAAACUCGAAGAAUGGGAGGCUGGCCGGGAAGACCGCAAAAUCAAGCGCAAGGAGAAGAUCAAAGAGAAGAAGGCGCGUCGACGACAGGAAUGGGCCGAUCAUCAUGCCGACGGAGAAGCACUAAGGACGGGAACCUCAAAACCCAAAGCCGGCACCCAACUGCCCAUCACCGUCAUCUUUGACUGCGACUUUGAGAACUACAUGUUCGAUCACGAGCUCAAGAGCUUGGGGCUUCAACUCACGCGGUGCUACUCGGACAAUCGCAGAGCUCCUUAUCGGUUCCAUUUCGGCGUGAGUAGUUUUGGCGGGAAACUCAAGGAACGGUUCGAUGGAAUAUUGGCCAAGCAGUACCUGAACUGGAAGGGUGUGCAUUUCUGUGAGGAGGAUUUUGUUGAGGUUAGCAAAAUGGCCCAGCAAUGGAUGAGUGGACCUCAAGGAGGCAAGCUUGCUGGUGCUCUCCUACAAGAGGGGAAGAUGGACGAGGAAGCAUCCGAGGAACGGGAAGAGGGUGAGGUUGUCUACCUGUCGUCCGAGAGCGACGUCACGCUCGAGCGGCUGAAACCUAACAGCACGUACAUCAUCGGCGGGCUGGUGGAUAAGAACCGGCACAAGGGUCUCUGCUACAAGCGAGCUGUAGCACGGGGCAUCAAGACAGCCAAACUGCCCAUCAGCGAGUUCAUGCAGCUGAAGAGCCGACAGGUGCUGGUCACCAACCAUGUGCAGGAUAUCAUGCUGAAGUGGGCCGAGCUGGAUGACUGGGGCAAGGCAUUCAUGGAAGUUAUGCCCAAGCGGAAAGGUGGCGUAUUAAAGGAUGGGGAUGACUUGGCAGGUGAUGGCGAGGAAGGGGCUGAGGCGAUUGCAGGUUCAUCUGAGGCAUAA